UCAGUCUACAGGAGCAGGCAGGAUGGCUCUCACAAUCUCCAAGAGUGAGGGCAGCACUGUAAUCACUUUGACCUCUGACCCCCAAAGUGUUUGUCCUCCUCUGUACCAAAUCCUCAAAAACCUGUGCUGCAGCCCAAUUUGCUGCUCUGUGUCCCAGCACCUGAGGAGGCUCCAGAACACCUCUCAGACAGUACUGGGGACUCUGCAGAUUAUGAUUGGGCUGCUCAACAUCGGCAUUGGUGCGAUCUUUGCUUUUACUCCCAUUGGGGAUAUCAGCGGGUUUUCCUUUUGGUUGGGUUCAUUGUUCAUGUUGUUUGGCAUCGUCUCCAUUUUGUCUGAGAAGUACCCCAGUCCAUGUCUGGUCAUCGUCAAUGUGAUUCUGAAUCUUGCAGGUGGUUUUGCCAUUGCAGCCAUCAUACUCUACAGCCUCAGAAUGACAUUCAUGGGGCUGUAUUGGUUGUGUGAGGAUGAUAACAAUCGAUAUUACUAUGAUCAAUCACCCACUGCCUCUUCUGGGGAAAAGAGAAUGGAGCAGAAAUGCUUGGAAACCAAGGACUUGAUGUUGAUGCUGCUGAGGAGCAUGCACGUUCUGAUGAUUGUCCUCUCAGCCCUGGAGCUCUGCCUCACCAUCAGCUCCGCCGUCCUGGGGAUCAAGGCUCUGAAGAGAAGGGGGAAGGACGAAAAGAUGAAUGAGGAACCUGAAUACUACAAGCCCCUGCUGGACGAAGUCCCUGGUAACCCCAAGGUCUAGCUAAAAAACAAUCCUGCUCUCUGCUGUCAGUCCCAGGUUUUAUAAUCAAACAGUGGACUGAAUGUGCUCUAAUGAUUUACUCAAACUCAGCUGUCCCUUUCGCUGCUUAAUCUUCUGGGUCGUUUCCUACACGUUUUGUUUAAAAAACGUUUGCACUUUUUUUUUGUAUUUCAGAUAAUACGCUUUAUAUUGGUGUCUCUUUCUUUCGUGCAAAUGUUUUAAAGCUGUUGAUUACAAUUUCUAUUGAAUAAGGUACCUUACGUUUAGCUUGUUUGGAUGUAAAAGGGAGGUUUGUGCGUGUGUGAAAUACUGAAAGGGUUUUCUAUUGCACUAUUUAGUCAUUUAAAAAAAGUAAUGUAAUCGAAACUGUUGACUGUCACAAUAAAAACACUUGUUCUGUU